ACAGACCAAAUGGAGACCUUGUAACACCUUCCGUUAUGAGAAAGGUAGUUGUUAUUGGAAACUUCCAACCCGGGAAUAACAUGUACAAAUCAACCAGCCGCGUCACGAACCUACAGAGCAACCGCGUUAAUAAUCUUCAAGGAAUGUCUUCACCUAUUUUGGGCUCUCAGAGAAGCUUGGASUCUGGACAUCCAACUGUUGCUGUAAACCCUUCGCCUCUUUCCUUUAACAUUGGCGGGAAGAGAGUGUUCAUGAAUAACCCAACUGUCGGCCGARCGAACUCCAAGUAUAAUUCCGAUCCAAUGCCGGAGUACAAUUAUAAAGACUCCAAAUAUGACCUCGAGACGACGUCCGAUAGUAGAUAUGACGAGGAUUACCAUGACGACAAUUUCCAUGGUAACAGUUACCAUGACGACGACUAUGAUUAUAGUAAAGGUGAUGAGUUAGGGAAUUUCGAUCCUGAUGGUGUAAAUCCYGAUGAGUCUAAAAUGACUGGUAUUGKUUCUAUUGUGGGCAAGAAAGGGCAAAGCUUGAUUGAUGAGAUUGGCAGAAAAGUCUUGCUAAAAAUUCUACAGAAUCAAAAUGAAGGAAAUCAAAAGACUCAGUCRUAUGCUGGUGGGACAAGUGAUUCUACUGGGCAAACUGGUCAGAUAGACGUGGACAAAGUGGCGGCGCUCUUGAUGGCGCCCAAAAAACCUUCCAAUCCUUCCAAUCCAGAAGGUGAAAAAAUUCUUCAAAUGUUAGAUCACUUGGGAUUGGCUAAUACAAGAAAACCAGAAGACGAGACAMMACAAACAAGUUUACCAGUGGUGAAUGACUUAAACACUCCACCAGUUAAUCCUAACGGCCAGAACACUUUAAGCAAAAUUUCCAUUGGCGGGAAGUURAAUGACGUCAUCGACAUUGCCAAGGUGACGCCUACUUCAAAAACUGUUAUCAUGACAACGCCAGCAUUCGCAGAACCGACUGAAGCAGACAUGAAUAUCCAAAACGACCAGCCGAUGAAUGACGGKGACGUCAUAUUGAAAAUCUCUGGAAAAGGAAAACCGGUGAGUUUCAAAGCCGAUACCAGCACCGAUGGAUCYUUACURCUAAAAAUACCMAAAAARUAUUCUGAAGAUUUAAUUAAGCCUAAUGGUGACCUAGCAACGGGCAGCCAAGGGAUGGGUGGACAGUCUGAUCUUUUGAAUCGUGACAUCAUUAAACUUUUGGCGGGAAAAAUCGGCARUGGAAUCGAUUACAGUAAGGCACCUGCAGUUAACCCAGCUCGACCAACAGUAAAACUGACCCUCCCCUCCCUCAGCAGUUUGCUCCAAUACAARACAACCGUAAGCCAACCAGAUCCAAAGCACGUGUUAAACAGCAACGUAGUCCUCCCUCCACAGGGUAUACUACCGAAUACCGCUGGACUAUCAGCACAGCAGACGCUGAACGAUCAAGACAGGUCGCCCCAGAGUCUUAUUAAAAGCAUUUUUCCUGGUUUAGCUGGUUUGCCUCCCAGUGCACAGAAUAUUGAAACCCUCAUGACUCUUCUCACACGCAUGGAUCAGCUACCGUCUUCUUAUGUCCCAGGGAGCGUUUCKGCAUAUACUGGGACAGUCCCUGUCAAUUACGCCGUGAGACAUGGAGUUGGGACACUUGCGCCUACCAAAGCGUUUUCCAUGAAGGGUGUGUUGAAGGCCUCUGAGAUGGCUGAGGAUUCUGCAGUAGUGAGAAACAAAGGGACAACRAAUAGAAAAAAGGGCGAUGAAUGGUCUCCUUGCACAGCYACCUGUGGCGAAGGCCUCCAAGCACGUGCUUCACCUUGCCAAGGAAAGCACUGUAGCGGAUACACAACAGAAACCCGCCCUUGUAACGCUGGGCCUUGUCCAGAACAAUUAGCGAAAGCGGGCUUGAAGCUUCACAACACGUUCCGCGUAUGGCAUCACAGUCCUGCACUGAAAUGGUCCUCGUCUUUGGCCAAGAAGGCCCAGAAACUYGCAGACGACUUGGCAGAAAACAGAGACUCUUCUAUGACGACAGCUGAGAUGAACGAACUUCCAGGCGAAAACAURGCAGUGCUACUCGCUCAAGACUAUAACACAGCCGCAGAAACAGCUACUAGACAGUGGUACGGUGAGGUCAAAUGGUACAACUUUCUUCACCCCGCCAUGACCGAUGAAACACGGCAUUUCACGCAGGUCGUUUGGAAGUCGACCAAGAAAGCGGGCAUUGGUAUUGCUAAGUCAAAACUAAAUCAAAACGUCUACGUUGUCGCCCURUACGAYCCUCCAGGGGAUAUUGAAAGUCAGGGUUUGAAGAAGAACGUUAAAAUGCCUGAUACGACGCAAACUUAACAAAUGUUUCAAGCCGAUUGCGUUGUUUGCUAUGUUUMCAAGAUGUGAAUUCGUGGUAUCUGUUAUUUUGUUAUUAUACUAUAAGGUGGUUUUCAUAAGUCCGUGAAAAUAAAAAAGUUAAAAAAAUAGUUACUUAUCUUUAUUUUGCACGUUUUUCGUUUUCGUUUCGGUGAAUCACAUUUUAUCACUUUUAAACAUUAUUUCACUGGUUUAUGAAAAUCACGUCGAAUUUCACAUGUGCCGAAACAAAUUCAUAUUUUAUUCGACCAUGAUAAUAAAGUCUAUUUCAUUUAGACGUCGAAUUUUAAGUGUCACCAAGAUAAAUCCCAAUCCCCUCUCAAUCGCUUCAUUUUCCAAUACAGCGGAUAUAGAUCAAAGACCACUUUUUCAUACGAAGUAUUCUAAGAAGUAUGUGACACAAAAUGAYUGAAGUCGACUUUAAUUCACAACUUGAGAAUCAAUUGAUUUAUGCGUUGCACUUUCUAUGUACAGAAGUCAUGAAUUGUCUUCGGCACAUGAACUUAAAUAAAUUAAUAAAGUUUUCUAGCAAUGUUAACAUCUCUUUAUUAAAAGAUAUUCUUGGGGCUAAACACGGUCGGUAUGSCAAUCUUUUUGCAAGAAAUAUACACUACAUUGUAUGAACGACAUUAUCAACCUUACAAAUACAUGAAUAAAAACAUAAAAUAAAACGAAAUCCGCAAAGGAUUUUACUCUCCAA